AUAGCCUUCUGCCUCUUGUUAAUAGCUAAAUAUUGCCAGGAUCUCUCACAAUUCUUGACGAAUACAUCGUUUACCGCGGAUUAAUAAAUUAUAAGUCUAAGAAAAUACCUCUGUUUGCAAGAUGAGUCGAAAUGUAAAGAGCAAGAAACAGCUUCUAUGAUUCUGUGCCGCUAAUGUGUGCAAAAAGGUGUCUUUUCAGCUAACCUAAGUACUUAGCAGGAAACCUAGCAAGCUAACAAAUUCUGGGUUAUGUUAAGCUAGCAGCUUGUUCCACUUUGGCCACCCAGCAAGCUAGCUAGCUGUCACUGUAAUGGUGAGGAUGAGAAUAAACGAAGCAGUUACUGAGUAAAUGAAUAAGGAAGGGAAUCCUGAAGAUCUGAGGAGAAUUCAAUAUGAAGUUGUAUGUGUUUCAGGUCAACAAUGGAAGCACACUCACAUUUGACACUGAACUUGCCGUUCAAACUGUGUCGGACCUUAAACAUGCGAUCCAGGCCAAAUACAAGAUUGCAACUCAACACCAGGUGUUGGUGGUUAAUGGUGGAGAGUGUAUGGCCGCGGAGAGGAGGGUGUGCAGCUACAGUGCUGGCACAGACACCAAUCCCAUCUUCCUGUUCAACAAGGAGAUGAUACUCAGUGACCGUGCUCCAACCAUUCCCAAAACCACGUUCUCCAUAGAGAAUGAGAUGGAGCUGAAAGUGGAGGAGUCCCUGAUGAUGCCAGCCGUCUUUCACACUGUUGCCUCACGAACACAGCUUGCAGUGGAGAUGUUUGAAGUUGCUAAGAAGCUUUGCUCCUUCUGUGAGCGUCUGGUCCAUGAUGAACAUCUCCAGCAUCAGGGCUGGGCAGCCAUCAUGGCCAACCUGGAUGACUGCACACUGUCCUACCAAAAGCUCCUCUGGAAAUUUGACACAGCCUACACAAACUACCAACAGGAAUUUGAAGAUAUCAAACUAAAGCUUACUAAGCUUGGUACAGCUGUCUCUGUCAUGGCCAAGAUUCCUCUGCUGGAGUGCCUGACUCGUCACAGUUACAAAGAGAGUCUGGAAAAGUCUAGCUUCUCAGUACAGAGACAAGAUGAAGAGAAGGACGAAAAUGGAGACAAAUCCACCACUCUGAGCUCCGUAGACCCACAGCAGAGCAGAUUACCUGCCUCUUUUUCCAUAUCAGCGGAAAAUGUCCCCGAACCUUCAGCUCCCCACAGCGGGGAGUUGACAGAGACAAGCAGUGUGAAAGCAGAACUGCAGGAAGAGGGUGUGUCAGAGACGGGCACUGGACCCUCCUUUAACGUCACACUGUUAGACUGGAUCAACGUGCAGGACCGGCCAAAUGAUGUGGAGUCAGUGGUGAGAAAAUGCUUUGACUCCAUUAAUAGGCUUGAUCCCCGCAUUAUUCAGCCGUUUUUAGCCGACUGCCGGGACACCAUUUCCAAACUGGAUAAUCAAAACAUGAAGGCCAUCAAGGGACUGGAGGACCGGUUAUACGCCCUGGACCAGAUGAUUGCCAGCUGUAAGAAACUAGUUAAUGAACAAAAGGAACUUGCUCAGGGAUUUUUGGCCAAUCAGAAGAGGGCCGAAAACCUGAAGGACACCUCAGUGCUGCCGGACCUGUGUCUGAGUCAUGCAAACCAGCUAAUGAUCAUGCUGACCAAUCACAGAAAACUUCUAGAUAUCAAACAGAAAUGCACCACUGCCAAACAAGAACUUGCAAACAACCUUCAAGUCCGUCUUAAAUGGUGCUGUUAUGUGAUGCUCCACGCUGAUCAAGAUGGGGAGAAGCUCCAGGCCCUGCUGCGGCUGCUCACGGAGCUCCUCGAGCGGGUCCGUGUAGUGGAAGCUCUAAGCACGGUGCCUCAGAUGUACUGCCUGGCUGUCGUGGAGGUGGUCAGGAGGAAGAUGUUUGUUGGACACUACAGAGAGUGGGCCAGUGCUCUUGUCAAAGAUGGGAAAAUCCUGUAUGAGGCUGAAAGAGCCAAAAGGGAAACAUUUGGGAAGCUUUUCAGGAAAUCUUUUCUCAGAAAUCGAUUGUUUCGAGGGCUUGAUUCAUGGCCUCCUGUGUCUUUCUGUACGAGAAAGCCUCGAAAAUUUGACUUUGAGCUUCCAGACAUCUCUGUAGCUGACCUGCAGUAUCUGAAGUCCUGUUGUCCUGCAGAGGUCCAGCCUUUCCUCAGGGUUCCAACACUGUGUGACUUUGACCCUUUAAACCAGCAUGUAGAAAUACUUCACCAGCUGGUUCAAGCUGCUCAGAGCAUGGAUGAAAUGUCUCAAACCAUCACCCACUUGCUCAGUGAGCGGAAGGUUUCUAGCAGCCAGAGUACACAAAGAUCAACAACAUUGACACACAGGUCAGAAGGCCCACCCGGGACCAGCUCUACCUCCUCCAAAACGCUAUCUUCCCUCUGCCUUCAGGCUCCCCCAUGCCAGCCUCUGCCCUUACCCGGUCCCUUAGAGGACCUGUCCCCUGACAGCAUAGAUGCCCACACUUUUGACUUUGAAACCAUUGGGCACCCCAAUAUGGAACCUGUACUCCAUCCAGGCUCUUUGGAUCUGGACUCGUUAGCAGAGAGCCCAGAGUCAGACUUUGUGUCAGCAGUGACUGAGUUUGUCAUUGAGGAGAACAUUACAUCACCAAAUCCCAUUAGUGGUCCCACAAGUCCUGAGAUGAUGGUAGAGUCACUCUAUUCCUCUGUCAUAAAUGCUAUAGACAGCAAACGUAUCCAAGACACUACAAUGCUGGAGAGGGAGAAUUCCAGAUUCUCUGCGCUCAAACUGUCUGUUGACAAGUAUCAUGCAGCUGCUAAGGAGUCUCAGAACAGUUUGAGGAGCAUUAAGGACGACCUCUGCUACUUUAAGUCUCUCAUUCUUAAGGAGAAACAAGAGUUUGGUAAUGCAAUGAAAACAGUUACUGUUGAAGUGUGCAACAUAGUCAACAGCAUGAAAUGCAGUCGUGAGGAGGAAGUGAGAGAAAUGUAUAAAAAAGAUCUUGACCUUGUGAUAGAAGAUCACAAAAAACAGAUUCUGUCUCUCACAGAAGAAUUGGAAGGCAAUCGGAGCAUCAUCAAAGAUGUUCAGAGGGCCAUGCUGGAGCUAGAGGGUCUGGUGGAGAGGAAGGAAAAGGAAAUUUCACAGCUGGAAAGUGAGAGGGACCGUUCUCUGGAUGAGUUAAGGAACUGUCACCAACAGAAGAUGCAGGAUCUUGAGCGGAAAGUAGCAGAGCAGAGUGAGGAGCUUAAAACGGCACUUCUGUCCAGAGAUGCUCUCGCCAAACAACUCGAGAGCUUACACUUCGAGAUUGAACGCAGCCAGCAGAAACUCAGACAGGAGAUGGAAAAUGCAGAGAGAACCCAUCUCCAGGAGCUGGAGGCUCAGUUGAGUCAACAGCACCAAGCUGAACUUGAGACUCUAAGGCAGGACCACCAGAACACCUUGGAUUGCCUCACCAAGGAAAACUUGGACAAGCUUAAAGAGGUGAUAGACUCACAUGCGUCUGAGCUAAGGGAACGAGAGGGCCGUCUGAGGGAUUGCGAAGGGCAUCUCACGGAGCUGUUAGACGCCCGCUGCAAACUGGAGGUGGAGCUGGCGCUCAAGGAGGCGGAAACAGAGGAUAUGCGGCUGCAUUAUGAAGAGGUCAAAAAUCAUCAGGAGGAGUCAAUUAAGACCCAAGUGGAAUGUCAGACGGAAGCUCUGCAGAAGCAAAUCAAUGAGCUGGCAUCGCAGCUCCGGCAGAGGAACGAAGAGUAUGAAGUAGGGCUAGUGGAACUCCGGACACUCAUGAGGAUUGAGAAGGACAACUGCAUCUCAGAGCUGGUGGACCGGCACGAGGAGGAGAGCAGUCAGCUCCGCAGUGACUUCACUGUUCUGCAGCAAAGGUCUCAGGACGCAGUGAAGGACCUAACAGAGCAACUGCAAAAACUUCAUAGUGAGCAGGAAGAUCGACUAACUGUCCUACAGAAAGAAAGGGUGGAAGAGCAGAAAUUUUUCCAGGAAAAAGAACAGAACCUGAGGGCUGUUAUUAGUGAUUUACAAGCCGAAAAUGCUGUUCUUUCUCAAAAGUUUAAACAGGAAAGGCAGAGCACAUCCAAAAGUACUGACAAGGAGAAUGAUGAGGCUGUUAAAGCUGCUUUAGAAGAUGCCUUAAAAGACUUUGAACUACAAAAGGAGGAACUUGAGACAAGGCUGCUAGCACGAAUCAAAUUUCUUGAAAAUCAGCUUGAAGAAAGACAAUCUACUGACAGACUGGCAGUGACCCUACAGCAGACAGAGUGUGGUGCUACAGACAGUGACCUGGCAUUAGUGGACACUGGGUUUCCGAGGAAGCUGGAGGAGGAGAACGCUUCUCUUCUAGCCAAACUGGAGGUCCUGGAGAAGAAGAAGAACGAGGAGAUGCAAAACCUGAAGACUGCGCUGAUAGCUGAGCAGCAGACAAACUUCAACACGGUGCUCACCAGAGAGAAGCUGAAGAAGGAGCAGAUCAUUAGUGAACUCAUGGAAAAACUUCAGAAGGUUACUCAACAGCAAGAAAAGGACAAAAGCCUCAUUGAGACGCUCUCUGAAGACCGGGCCACAGUUCUACAGGAGAAGAAGCUGCUUGAGGAGGAACUGAACCGUCUCCGAAGCAAUAUUCUGAUCACAUCCACCUAUUUUAGCUCAAACUUGGUCACCACGGAAACCAUUGGAGCCUGCUCCUCUACAGAACCUUCCACCAACCCCAUCCCCGACCCCGAGAGGCUGGCAGCCACAUCCAGUCUGAGAGAUGAGGAGAGAGUGGACUUUGCUGUGGAUGCCAGCAUGAUACCUGUGCAAGACAACACGUUAAUGUUAUCAGAGGAGAAGCAGCGGAUACUGCUUUUGGAAAGAACUUUACACAUGAAAGAGGAGGAGAACAAGCGUCUCAGCCAGAGACUGAUGUCCCAGAGUAUGUCCUCUGUGUCAUCCAGGCAUUCAGAGAAAAUUGCCAUUCGAGAUUUCCAGGUUGGCGACUUGGUCCUCAUAAUUUUAGAUGAACGGCAUGACAACUAUGUCCUCUUCACCGUGGGCCCUACCCUCUACUUUCUCCACUCUGAGUCCCUCAUUGCACUGGACCUCAAACCAGCCACAGGAACUUCAAGACGGCCGUGGGUUCUGGGAAAAGUCAUGGAGAAGGAGUAUUGUCAGGCUAAAAAGGCCCAGAACAGGUUUAAAGUUCCACUGGGAACAAAGUUCUACAGAGUCAAAGCUGUCCCGUGGAACAAGAAAGUGUAAUAUUCCCAUAACAUGUCACAAUAUGUUUAUAUUUCAUUUGAAAGAAAUUUCACAUUAAAGAUCUGUUGUCAGCAUAAAACAAACAGAUGGAAAAAAAUCAUAAUCAU